AAAAUAUUUCUUUAAGACUUUUAAAUUAUUCGACAGAGGGCAGGCGUUUGCUAUUUAUGCGACAUCUGUUUGAAUGGUUUUUUUUGUAAUUUACUUAAUACUAUUAUAUAUCAUUAAUUAAACAAAAGUUAUUGACUUUAAAUAAAAAUUUUGAAAGUAUAUUACAUAUUUGCACUGCCAAAGGAAUUGUUUAUUUUAAAUUUUACUUUAUGUUAUUUUAAGAAAGUAAAAUUUUAAAUAUAUCGAUGUUGUUAAGGUUAACCACGAGAAAAUGAAAGAAAUCGAAGAUGAAGCCACCAGCGGUGGUAAUCCAAAAUGGUACGAAGAAUAUCCGAAACAGGAAGAACCAAGUAAACAUUCUAAAUCAGAAACAGAAGUAUCAAAUUUAAAAGAUGAAGCUAAACGGUACUUUGACGCAGAAACUUCUGCUUAUCAACUAAAAGAAUCGAAAUCUCGUGAUUCAGAAGCAGCAUGGUUAAAGACAGCGUUAACACAAGGUACAACUUCGGAUAAAGUUGCAGCUGCUGUUAUCUUAAUACAAGACAAUCCAAAAUGUAAUUUAACUAGGCUUACAAUGCUUAUAAAUCAAGUACGAACAAUAAAACAUAAUCAAUGCAUUAUGGUAAUCAAAUCCUUAAGGGAUCUAUUUUUAUCUGACUUACUUCAUCCGGAAUUCAAAUUACUCAAAUUUGAAGAACAGAAUUUACAUGAAAUUGAUCAAAACAAUACUAAAGAGGCAAUAGUUAAGACAAAUGCAUCAAGAAGAAAGUUAAUGGUACAUUGGUAUUUCGAGGAUCAAUUACAUGAACAAUAUGAACGUUUUAUUAUGUCUUUAGCAGCUAUCGCCUCUGAUACAGUGGAUGCCAACCGUGAAGCAGCUAUAUCAGUGAUGACAGAUUUGUUGAUUGGAAAUUCAGAACAAGAACAUAAACUUCUUGAAUUAAUUAUAAAUAAAAUAGGAGAUCCAAGUAAUAAAGUAGGAUCUAAAGUUAUAUUUUGUUUAAAUAAGUUAUUACAUGAACAUCCAAAUAUGAAACUCGUUGUAUUACGAGAAGUGGAAAAAUUACUGUUUAGAAAAAAUGUGAUGCAACGUGCUCAAUAUUAUGCGAUUUGUUUGUUAACUCAAUUUAUUUUAAGUAAAGAUGAUGAACAAAUUGCGUCUACCCUUAUUGAAGUUUAUUUUGCAUUCUUCAAAGCUUGUUUAAAAAAAGGAGAACCAGAUAGUAGAAUGAUGGCAGCAAUAUUAACUGGUGUAAAUAGAGCUUAUCCAUUUGCAAAAAUGGAUUCAAAUAUUCUGCAUAACCAUAUAGAUUCUGUGUACAAAGUUGUACAUAUUGGAUCUUUCAAUGUUUCAUUAAAUGCACUUAAUUUAUUAUAUCAGGUUACAGGAAAAGAUGAGGCUCAGGCAAAUAGAUUUUAUUCUACAUUUUAUAGGAAGCUACUGGACCCACAAAUUGGAGUUGUAAAUAAACGUGCAUUGUUCCUUAAUUUACUAUAUAGAGUUCUCCAAAAAGAUAAUAAAAUACCACGUCUAUACGCAUUAAUUAGAAGAAGUUUACAAAUUGCAUUAUAUUUUCCUGCAAAUAUGACAUGUGCAAUUCUAUAUAUAAUAUCUAAAAUUAUACACUCGCAUAAAGAAUUGAGAACCUUAUUACUGAAAUCCCAGACUUAUAUUAAAGCUAAACAUGAAGAUGUUGAAAUUGAAGAUACUUCAUUUAAAGAUAUUAAUACAUUCGACAAACCUAACACAAGCUCUGAAGAUUCUAUUUUAUUAACAAACAUUACAAUGGGACUUGGUAUGAAUGAGGAAACCAAACCUGACUUAAAAGUAGAAAAUGACACAAAAAUUGAGUUAAGUAAACAAAAAGAUUAUGAUCCUUUUUACCGUAAUCCCCUUUAUGCAGGAGUAACCGAAGGUUUAAAUACUGAGCUAAUAACGUUAUCUAAACAUUAUCAUCCGAGUGUCUCACUAUUUGCAAGCACUAUUAUUGAAGGUAAAUUCAUCGAUUACACAGGGGAUCCAUUAGAAGAUUUAUCUUUAAUGCGUUUUCUGGAUCGUUACGUUUUUAAAAAUCCAAAGAAAUUGGAAGAUAGAAAGGUACAGAAGAAAAAUGAUCCUUUGGCUCAACGUGCAGGAUAUACACCAAGAGGUAUCAGAUCCAUACCAGUGGAUAGUGUUAUGUACCUUAAUGAAAAAGAAGAACGCAUACCAGUUGAUGAAUUGUUUUUAUACCGAUAUUUAAAAAAGAGAAAAGAAUUUAAACGCGAAUUUAAAAAAGAAGACGAUGAUGAUAUAGAAAGUAUUAAUAGUGAAGAAUUUGACGACAUGUUAGGAAGGUUAACAGAUGGUAAAGAUUUCGAAGAUUUAGAUAUUGCAGCUGACAUUCAGACUAGGAAAAAAAAGAAAAAGGAAGGUUUAAUAAUAUUCAUAAUGGCUGCUCGAUCUGUUGUUAAAUAUUUACGUCCGAAAAAUGUUAUGUCUCAAGUUUACCGAUGUGCUUCUUUAUCUGCAUUCGAAAUACAGCACAAAACUCCAACUAUUAAGAAAGUAAUGCCUAUACCAAAGGCACAUUACGGUGGACGACAUACGGUAACUCUUCUCCCUGGUGCUGGUAUUGGUCCAGAGUUAAUGACCUAUGUAAAAGAGGUUUUCAGUUAUGCUGGUGUACCAGUAGAUUUUGAAGAUGUAGAUAUUGAUCCUAAUGCGGAUGACAAUGUUGAUUUAGAUUAUGCUAUUACAUCAAUUCGUAGAAAUGGUGUAGCAUUGAAAGGAAAUAUUGAAACUCGUAGUACAGAAGCUGGAGUACUUUCUCGAAAUGUAGCUCUUCGAAAUGAGUUGGAUCUUUAUGUCAAUGUUUUACAUUGUGUAUCUUAUCCAGGAGUAAAUUCACGCCAUAAAAACAUUGAUAUCGUCAUUGUCAGACAAAAUACAGAAGGAGAAUAUGCCAUGUUAGAGCAUGAAAGUGUAAAAGGUGUUGUCGAAAGUAUGAAGGUUAUUACAAGUUCGAAUUCAGAACGUCUUGCAAGAUAUGCAUUUGAAUAUGCUAAACGAAAUGGAAGGAAAAAGAUCACUACGGUUCAUAAAGCAAAUAUAAUGAAACUCUCCGAUGGACUAUUUUUAGAAAUAUCAAAAAAAGUUGCGAAAGAUUAUCCAGAUAUUACCCACAAUGAUAUGAUUAUUGAUAAUACUUGUAUGCAAUUGGUUUCCAAUCCACAUCAGUUCGAUAUUGUUUUAACAACUAAUCUAUAUGGGGCAAUUGUUUCAAAUGUAGUUUGCGGUUUAUUAGGUGGGGCUGGAUUAUUAGCUGGUAAGAACUUCGGUGAUCACUACACUAUAUUUGAACCAGGUACUCGUAAUACUGGUACUAGCAUUGCUGGAAAAAAUAUUGCAAAUCCUAUCGCAAUGUUAAAUGCUGCUGUUGAUAUGUUGCGUCAUCUUGGACAUAAGAAUCAUGCUACUUUAAUUCAGAAUGCAAUUAAUAAAACUAUUAAUCAAGGUAUACAUACUCGUGAUCUUGGUGGACAAGCUACAAGCAGGGAGGUUGUAGAUGCUAUUAUGAAGCAUAUUAAAAUAGCAUCCAAUUAAGACUGAUAAGAAAUGUUUUGUUGGAUACUAAUAUUUGUAGAAAAAAUACCUAUAUAUUAUUGAAUUUUGCUUUUUUAGCAAGAAUAUUCCAUUGUUUGUUAAAGUAUUACAUUGUCAUUGUGAUGGACAACAGUCAUUAUACUCAUUAAUCUAAAGUCAUUUAAGUGGCACAAAGUUUUACACAAUAAGUUUUAAGUAAAGUGACAAAUCUGAAUUGUGUUUUACAUUAAUAUUUUAUCUAAUAUGACAUUAUUAUAUAAUGAAUUAUUAAGAUAUAAACUUUGUAAAAUAUUCAUUGUAAGUAUUAGUAUAAACAUAUACACUUGUUCAAAUUUUGUAAUUAUCUUCAUAGGAUAUAUUUAACGUGUAAACGAUUUUCUUAACUACAUCUCAUUAAAUCUGAAUUAGUAAUGAAGUACGAAAUUAAAAUCAUUGAAGAUAUUUAAUAAAGAUAAAUUCAUUUGCGUUGAUAAAUUCUUUAAUCAAUUUCAAUCAAUUUGUUUACAUAAUCAACUAGUAAUGUAGAUAAAAAUCAAUAAUGGUAUUGACAAUGUUGUAUCAGUAUAAGAAAAAAGAUUAAAGACUUCUUCAACAAAUUUCUCAAAAAUAUACAAAUUUGGUUUAAUUUUGUAAAAGUUGUAAUGCUAGUUCCUCGUCCGCUUUUAAAUGUGUGUUCUCUAUAUCAAUUGCUGUUUUUUGUUUUUUCUUUAUUCUUUUGUAAUUGUCCUGUGUUAGAAGUUUCCUUUUAGGAGGUCUGUAAACAAUAACAGUAUGAAUACCAAAGAUCAAAAUAAUAUUACAAUAUAAUAAAUAAAACAGGUAUAUUUUUAUAGA